GACCUCCACAUCAGGCUGAUAGAGGACGAGGCAGAGGGGGAAGAAGCAGCCUAACCCUCCAUCCAUCAGUCUCCUGCCCAGCCCAGGACCUCGUCUCUUCUGCCGCCGCCGCCGCCGCCGCCAACGCCGCCAACGCCGCCGCCAUCAUGUGCGACUGCUUCCACCUGGCCUUCCCCAACUGGCACGCUGCCUCCUCAGGGACGGGAGCUGGGCGAAGGCUGCGAGGACCAGAAGCCGCCACAGAGGACGACUCAACAUGUGACGAACCGUCUCAGUUCACAGAGGGGGAGCGACCGCGACCUCAAGGAUCGUCCCCCGUCGAGGAGUUCCCUGAAACUGAAAAAUACACCGACAGUGACAAAGAGUGUGAAGCAGAGCAUGACCACAAAAGCGGGAGUGGAAAGAAAACUAAAAAGUCUGGGCUUGGGUCCAUGUUUGAGAAGCGCUCGACUCCAAAGAUGAGCAAACUAAAGGAGGCUCACAGCCCCGAGUCGGAGGUGAUUGUGAAAACAGCCAAAGACGGAUGUGCGGAGGGUCUGGUUUACGGUGGAGGAGGGAGAGAGGGGAUCUUUAUUAAACAAGUGGUGCCGGAGUCGCCUGCAUCGAAAAGUCUGAAAGUGAAAGAAGGUGAUCAGAUCCUGAGUGCCACCGUAUAUUUCGACAACGUGACGUACGAGGAUGCCAUCCAGAUUCUGGAGCACGCUCAGGCUUACAAACUGAAGCUUUGCUUGAAGCGCAAACCAGACAUCACAGAGACCGAACCCAUCAUCGAAUCUGAUGUCAUCCCUGAGGAAGAUCUCAACACUCCAGAGAUGAGGGAGCAAGGAAAAACCAAAAGACGAGGGGACGCCCGCAUUUCGUGGCCCAAAUUUCCCUCGUUCGGGAAAGGGCGAAAAUCACGUUUUGCAAGGUCUCACAGUUCCUCAGAGGCCGAUGAGCAGAGAAAGCUUGAGCUUAGCCCAACAACAAGUGACACAGAGUCACCUAUAAAAUCUCAGGAUGCUCUCAAAGGCAAAAAGAAGCAUAAAAUGAAGCUGUCUUUGACAAAGAGAAGCCGCAUAAGUUCUUCUGAAGACCAGGACACAGAUGUGCCAACAACUGGCCAGACAAGCAGUGACGUUCACCAGACACAAGAAUUAGAUAUGCUUGUAGCUGAGUGCCUUGAAAGCCCCUCAGGAGAAACACCACAAGUCUACGUGACAGAGGAUCUGAAGGUAAAGGAAGAGUUAAGACUGGAGCAAAACUUCCCAACACUGACUGAAACUACUCAGCACAAAGUGGAACUCAUCAGCAUAGACAGCACUUUGAAAACAGCAGAUCUAAGUGUGGGGCUGACAGAUCAACAAAGUCCCAUCAAGUCUCCUGAUGGGAAAAAAAAGAAGAAAGAAAAGUCUGAAUUAAAGAUUAAAAUUUUGGGGAAGGAUAAAUCCCACAAGAAAGAAGCAAAAGCAAAAUCCUCACCAAGAAGGCUAAAAACACUGGGGGCGAGUUUUGAAAUUGCAGAUCAACCCGAAAAUGAAAAACCUGCGUCAGACACAAAACUACCUGGAGAUCAACCUUCACUUGAUGCCAGUACACAAAUGAAUGUCCCAAAAGUGGAACUGGAAAUAUCAGAUGUUGCAUUUACACAAAAAUUUCCAAAGAAAGGUGAAGAAAAAACGCAGAAAGGCAAAGUCAAACAAAAACAAGAAGCUAAGUCGAGUACAACAUUCAAACUGCCUAAAAUAGGCUUGAGCGAUAUUUCCACCGAGGAAAAUAUUCAGAAAGUGAACGUUAAUGUUGAAGAACGCACGACUAAAAUUCAACAGCUCACAACCAAAGGUGCAGAAGUCAAAGAAGACCCUUAUGAGAUACUGUCAAACACCAGUGUUUCCAAAACACAACUUCCCAAACGUGAAGACAUUGAGAUUCCAGGUAUGGAGGACAUGUCCAGGAAGACCACAGCCAAAGGAAUUAAAGCUCCUAAAGCCGUUUUUACAGGACACCAUGAAGAAAUUCAAGCUGAAACUGUACAACUAUCAAUUGAUGUUGACAGUGUGAAGGAGGCAGUUUCAAAAUUGCCUGGAUUCAAGCUGCCUAAGGUUGAUACGUCUGGAGUGCCUAUUCCCGAGGAAAUCACUGUGAUAGACGCAAAUGCACAAAGAAUAUCAGUGAAAACACCUACUAAAGUGGUUGAUAGCAAAGUAAAACACGAGGCGCACUUCACACAGUUUGACAUAACUGCAUCUCCAGAGAUCUCCAAGACUACAGUCAAACUACCGAAGAUCACACCUGCUGAUUUCACCUCAGAGAAACUUUUAGUUGCGGCCAAGGUAGAUAUAAAAAAGCCUCAAAAGGAACACAAAACUAAGACAAAACAAAGUGACAAAGACAUCAAAACUGAGGAAUGCAAAAGAGACAUCGUAAUACCUGGAAAAGAAAGUGCACCGAAAGUAUCCAUCCUUGCACAAGAAUCUGGUAAAACACAAGUACCGGAGGCUAUUCAACUGGAAUAUGAAUCUGCAGCUACAAAAGAAUCCGACAAGAAAUCAAAAAAGGGAAAGAUAACAAUGCCUAGUUUUGGAAUUGGAAAACCAGACAUAAGAAUCCCUGACUUUGGAAUUGACUUGCCGAAACAAAUUAUAUCUGAGAAAAAAGGUGAUGCAGUAAAAGAAGAAAAGACUACAGUCCUCCAAGAAGAAAAAAUAUCAGAAAGUGAAACAAGGAAAGGCAACCGACAGACUGGAGGAUUCGUAUGCGAUGUCAAAAUGCCUGAAAUCGAUGGCAUUGAAUACAUUGAUUCAGCAGAAGGUUCACCUGCCAGAACGGAUGGUGGUAUUCGGCUUACAGGCUUUGAUAUUAAUCUUGAAGCAAAACCAAAUGCUGACAUUUCCUUUCCAGAGAUCAGACAUGAUGUAAAAGAUGUUGAAGCUGAGCAAACAGUCAAACUGCCCAAAUUUGGAGCGAUUACUUCAGACAUCCGUGCAAAUAUAUCUGAUGGGGAUAAGAAUGUAAUCAUUGAUGGAGCCAAGAAAAAAACUCUUGAAGGAGAGGGAAAAGGUUACAAGUUCAAAGUGCCAAAUCUUGGCAUCUCCAUGCCAAAGGUGAAAGGACCGAAAGUUGAUUUAAGCUUGUCAAAGAAAGACACAGAGGCUAAAGCUGAGAUCAAACUUCCAGAAGCCCAUCAAACUGAUGUUAGUCUUGGAAGCAUGGAAGUUUCUAUUCCAGAGCCAAGGAUGGAGGUCCAAAAACCAGAAAUGGAAGUCAAACCACUGGAGAUUGAAGACGAACUUGAUGGACAAGGAAGCAAGUUCAAAAUGCCCAAGUUUGGAAUCCAAAUGCCAAAAAUAAAAGGCCCAGAAUUUGAUUUAAGCUUGUCAAAAAGAGAUGCAGAUGUCAAACUACCAGAGGCUAAGGUACACCUUCCAGCAGCUCCUGAGACUGAUGUGACUCUUGGAAGGAUAGAUGUUUCUAUUCCAGAACAAAAGAUAGAGGUCCAAAAAACAGAAUUGGAAAUCAAAUCACGGGAGAUUGAAGGUGAAAUUGAUGGACAAGGAAGCAAAUUCAAAAUGCCAAAGUUGGGAAUUUCAAUGCCAAAAGUAAAAGGGCCUGAAUUUGAUGUAAGCUUGUCAAAGAAAGAUGUUGACAUCACACUACCAGAGGCCAAGGGGAAGCUCCCUGAUGUUGAACUAAAGGACUCCUCUGCAAAAAUCGAAAUCAGAGCUCCUGAAAUUGAAGUUGGAGAAAAGGAUGCAGGAGAAUCACCAUCAAAAUUCAAAAUGCCAGCUUUCAAAAUGCCCAAAUUUGGAGCUUCUGCUCCAAGAAUCAGUGCUGACGUUUCUAGUAAAAUCAAAGAUACAGAAAUUUCUGAAACACAGCUGAAGUCACCUGGAAAAGGUGUUGCAGUCGACAUUACUACACCAAACACUGACAUUGUGGGCCCAUCUCUUGAUGUGAAAGCAACAGCAGCUGAACUUGAUGGAAAAGGUAGCAAGUUCAAAAUGCCAAAAUUUGGAAUAUCACUGCCAAAAGUGAAAGGUCCUGAAAUUGAUUUCAGCUCAACAAAAAAAGACACUGAUGUUGCUUUAUCUAAAGCUACAGCAGAAGUACAUCUUCCUAUUGAACCCGGUGUUCAAGUAGAGGUCAAAGCUCCAGAAAUUGCACUUCACAAGGAUGUUGAACAGUCACCAUCAAAAUUUAAGAUGCCAUCAUUUAAACUACCAAAAUUUGAAGCUGGGACUCCAAACGUAUCUGUGGAAAUGCCUGAUAUGGACAGAGAUGUCAAAAUUGAUGGAGUUAGCGUUAAUAUUCCAGAGGAGAGGUCUUCAGUUAACAUUGUAGCACCCAGCAUCGAUGUAGAAGGACCUUCACUAGAUAUAAAAACUAUUGGAGCUGAGCAUGAGGGAAAAGGAAGCAAGUUUAAAAUGCCACAUCUAGGUUUCUCUAUGCCAAAGGUGAAAGGACCCAAAAUUGACUUAAGCCUAUCAAAGAAACACACAGAUAUCACUUUACCUGAGGCUGAAGCAGAUGUCAAACUUCCAGAGGUCGAUCUUGGAGAAGUACAUGUUUCAAGUCCAGAUGCUAAGAUGAAAGUUCCAGAGGCUAAAGUUGAAGUCAAACUUCCAGAAGCCCCUAAAAUAGCUGCAGAGGUGGAAGCACCAGAGUAUGAAGCAGAGAUUGACAAACAGAGUGGGAAGUUUAAAAUGCCAAAGUUUGGAAUGAAAAUGCCAAAAGUAAAGGGACCUGAAUAUGACUUCAGCUUGUCAAAGAAAGCUGUAGAUGGCAAAUUAUCAGAGGUAACAGGUGAUGUUAAACUUCCAGAGGUCAAUCUGGGAGAAGUGGAUGUUUCAAUUCCAGAGAUGACGCUGGAGGUCGAAAAACCUAAACUGGAAAUGCAGACUGAAGGUCAAGUUGAUGGACAAGGAGGAAAGUUCAACAUUCCAAAGUUUGGGAUCAAAGUUCCAAAAAUAAAGGGGCCAGAAAUUGACUUCAGCUUAUCAAAGAAAGACACAGAUGUCCAAGCACAGAGUAAAAUUAAGACUGAACUCCCAGAUGCUCCUAAAAUUGACAUCAGUCUUGGAACAGAAGACGUUUUGAUACCAGAGGCAAAAGUGAAAGUUAAAGAACCUGAAGUGCAAAUCAAACCUUUGCAGACUGAUGUUGAACUUGAAGGACAGGGAGGCAAGUUCAAAAUGCCAAAGUUUGGAAUGUCAAUGCUGAAAGUAAAAGGACCUGAAUUUCAUCUAGGACAUGCAAAGAAAGAUGUAGAUGUCACAACACCAGAAGUCAAAGCAGACAUCAACCUCCCUGAUGUUGAACUGGAAGCACCUUCUACAAAAGUAGAAAUUAAAGCUCCUGACAUUGAAGUAAUGGGUAAAGACACAGAAGGAUCAUCAUCAGCAUUUAAAAUGCCAAAUUUAAGUAUCGUUUUGCCUAACGUCAAAGGACCUGAUAUAAAUUGGAGCUUACCAAAGAAAGAAACACAUAUCACAUUGCCAGAGACUGAAGCUGAGGUCAGAUUCCCAGAAUCCUCCAAACUUGAUGUUAGUCUUGGAACAGCAGAAGUUUUGAUACCAGAGGCAACAGUGGAAGUUCAAAAACCUGAAGUGCAAAUCAAAACAUUGCAGACUGAUGUUGAACUUGAAGGACAAGGAGGAAAGUUUAAAAUGCCAAAGUUUGGAAUCACAAUGCCAAAAGUAAAAGGGCCUGAAAUUGAUUUAAGCCUAUCAAAGAAAGAUGUACAUGUGAAACUACCAGAGGCUAAAGCAGAUGUUAAACACAAGGAGGCCCCUGAUAUUGAAUGUGAACUUGAUGGACAAGGAAGCAAGUUCAAGAUGCCAAAGUUUGGAAUAAAAAUGCCAAAAGUAAAAGGCCCUGAAUUUGAUGCAAGCAUGUCAAAGAAAGAUGCAAACGCAGAGGUACAACUCCCUGAAGCCCCUCAGACUGAUGUUACUCUCGGAAGCAUAGAUGUUUCAAUUCCAGAAGCAAGGAUAGAGGUUAAAAAACCUGAACUGGAAAUCAAACCACCUCAUGCAGAAGGUGAACUUGACGGACAAGGAAGUAAGUUCAAAAUGCCAUCGUUUGGAGUGUCAUUGCCAAAAGUAAAAGGACAUGAAUUUGAUUUCAGUUUAUCGAAGACAGAUGUUGACGUCACACUACCAGAAGCCAAAGCUGAAGUCAGUAUCCCUGGUGCUGACAUAAAAGAACCCUCGGCUAAGGUGGACUACAAAGCUGCUGAGAUUGAAGCUCAGUUAGGCGAGGUGAGAGGGUCACCAUCAAAAUUUAAACUGCCAACAUUCAAAUUUCCCAAAUUCGGUGUCACCACACCAUCUGUAGGUGCUGAAGUGCCUGAUACAGAAAAAGAAAUCAAAAUUGAUGGAGCUGACAUGCACAUAUCUGUGCCAAACACAGAUGUUGAUGUACCAGAAGUUAAAGCGGAGGUCCAAAUGCCGGACGCUGGAGUCAAAGAGCCACUGAGUGGCAUUGAAGCAGAAGUGGGUGUAGAGGUUGAUGCAAAACAGAAAAAGCGAAGGUUUUCACUGCCCAAGUUUUCUUUCUCAAAGCCAAGUAUUAAAGCCCCCGAAGUUGAUGUCAGUUGUCAGGAUGUGAAUGUUGCAAUUCCAGAGGGAAAGGUGGAAGUGAAAGGAGGAAAAGUGGAUAUGAAACCACCAGAAUGUGAACUUGAGGUUGAUGAGCAAGAAAGCAAAUUUAAAGUCCCAAAUUUUGGAAUCACAAUGCCAAAGCUAACAGGGCCGGAAAUAGAUCUAAGCUUAGCAAAGAAAGACGUAGAUGUGACACUGCCAGAGGCCAAAGCUGAAGUCCAACUCCCAGAUGUUAAACUGGACAAACCUUCUGCUGAAGUGGAAGUCAAAGCCCCCGAGAUAAAAGUUGGGACGAAGACUACAGAUGGAUCACCAUCAAAAUUUAAGAUGCCGACAUUCAAAUUACCAAAAUUUGGAGUUAGUACUCCAAGCGUCACAGCAGAAGGACCUGAUAUGGACAAAGAUGUCAAAAUAGGUGGAGCUGACAUUAAGGUUCCUGAGGAGGUUCUUGCAGUUAGCAUUGCAGCACCAAGCAUUGAUACAAAAGGUCCAUCCAUUGAAGUAAAAACAACAGGAACUGAACAUGAAGGAAAAGGAAGCAAGUUCAAACUGCCAAGCCUCGGAUUUUCUGUCUCUCAACCCAAAGCGCCUGGAAUUGUAGAUGUGACACUGCCAGAGGCCAAAGCUGAAGUCAAACUCCCUGAAGUUGAACUGAAAAAACCUUCUGCUGAAGUGGAAGUCAAAGCUCCUGGAACUGAUCUUCAUGCAAGUAAUAUUGAAGGAUCCCCAUCAAGGUUUAAAAUGCCAACAUUUAAAUUACCCAAAUUUGGAGCUGCUACACCAGUGGUCAGUGCAGAAGCACCUGAUGUAGACAAAGACAUUAAAAUUGACACAGAAACCAGCAUUGACGCUGAAGGAGGUGAACUUCAGGUAUCUGGAAGCAAGUUCAAAAUGCCAAAUUUGGGAAUCUCAGUGCCCCAAGUAAAAGGACCUGAAACGAAUUUAGGACUUGCAAAGAAAGAUGUGGAUCCGACAUUACCAGAGGCCAAAGCUGAAGUCAAACUCCCUGCUGUUAAAGUCAAAGAAGUGGAGGGUGCAGUUUCAGGACCGGAUGUACCCACAGCUGAGGUUGACGCCAAGUUGAAGGGAUCAGGCUGGGCAUUUCCAAAGUUUUCGUUUUCACGGACAGGUGGUAAAGCCCCUGAUGUUGAUGUCAACUUUGAAACACCAAAAGGUGAUAUUACAUCACCAGAGGCCAAAACAGAAAUCUGUCUACCAGAGGCGGAAGUCAAAGGACCUUCAGGGGCUAUUUCAAUAGAACAACCCCCUGCUGUAGAACUUGAUACAAACUUGAAAAAAACUAAAUUUUCAUUGCCCAAGUUUUCUUUUUCAAAGUCAAGUGGUAAAGAACCUGAACUGAGUGCGGAGCUUCCACAAGUUGAUGUAUGUAUUACCGAGGGAGAAGUAAAAGUCAAAUACCCUGAAAUGGAAAUUGAAGCUCCAGAGCUUGAAGCCGGACACAGUGGACAAGGAAGCACAUUUAAAUUGCCAAAGUUAGGCAUUGGACAACCAAAAGCAAAAGGACCUGAAGUUGACGUCACACUGCCCGAAGUAAAAGCAGUGGUAGCUAGUGUGGACAUGAAAGGUUCUGAGGCUGAAGCUAAGUCAAAAGAUGUUGUAGGAUCACCUAUAAAAUUUAAAAUGCCAACACUGAAAAUGAAAUUUGGCGGUGCAAGUUAUGAUGUUGCCAAAGAAGCAGCCAAUGCAGAAAAAGCAGCUGACAUUGAUGAAACUUUCACUCUCCGAAGUCCCGGUAUUGAUGUUAAAACUGAUGUUCCCAAAGCAGCGGCAACAGAUUCUGAAACACCAAAGACUGAGACUGAUGUUGUGGUUCUUGGAUCUCCAACUAAAUUCAAACUACCGUCCUUUAAAAUGCCAAGGUUAAGUUUCUCAAAACCAAAACCUGAAGACGAAUACGUCCCUGUUGAUACGGAAUUCAAAGAGGAUGAACCGAAAAUGGAGGAUGAGCCAAAAGGAGACAGCAGAUCACCAAAGUUGAGUUUGACAUCAUUUGGUGAGAUUCUCAAGAACAUUGACGUUGAAUUUGAUGUGUCAAAACCUGGAGAAAAUCUGGAAGUUCAUGAAGCUGCAAAACUCACUGAAAAACAAUUAGAGGCGACGGAAAAAGAAACAAAUACCAAGCCAGAUACGAUCAAAAGUCCAGAGAGGACGGGUUGGUUUAAAUUCCCAAGGUUCGGCCUGUCCUCCCCAUCAGAACAGCCCAAAAUUUCUCAAAAAGGCGAUGGAAAGAGCCCAGAAGGGGAAACUGGGGAUGAAGAAAUAAGCCCCACCUCUUCCGUCCAGUCAUCCGACGCCUUUGCUGACGUUAGCUCUGCACUCACAAGUGAGAAUCUUGGCCCGUCCUUAUCUUCUCCAACCAAGGUAACUGUCAAAUACUCUGGUCCGAAUAUCUCCACCGGGUUUGGAGAGAUUCACAGCAACAUCAUCACUUCCACCGCGAGAACUGAGCUGAUCUCAGUCGAGCCCAACUUGCCUGAGAAAAUCACCAUCCGGUCAUCUGGAGUUUCGUCUUCAUCAGAAGACACGCUCAGACUGGAUUCUGGAAAAAUACAUGUGAUUACAUCAAACAUACAGGGAACUCCGGAAGCACAGCAGGCCAAGCUACUGAGUGCCAUCCACACUGAAUCCGCCAGAGGUCUUUCUUCGACGUCAGAGGCUCACGAAUCUGCGUCGCGGACCGUCGAAGACUCGCAAAGCGGCAAUAGGACGGUGUUGGGGAGGCACUUGUUCAGGGAAACAUCAGGUGAAAGAAGUGAGAGCAAAGAAACAAUAGUCAUAACCAAACAGAUUACGCAUGUGUUCGACUCUUCUGAGCCCAUCUCGGGUGAGACAGCUUCUUCUAUACAACGGCUGAGAGACUCGGUGCACUCUGAGAAAAUGAGGUUCUUCGAUGGAACUGAGAAGUAAAGUCACCUGAUGUCACUUUUGUGUAAAGAUUAAAGUCCUCAUUGCCCGAUUUAGUAGCUCUGAAUUUCAUGUGACAAGAAAACGAGUGAGAAAAACAAGUAGAAAUGGUCAUUACUUACCAAUACGUGGAAAUAACUUGUCAGUCUUCAGGUGUUAAAUGAUGACGGUGAUGUCCGGUUGCACAUUCUUGACCUAUAAGGAAACUAAUUAAUAUAAUUUACAUCGACAAUGUGAUCAAGUUGUUAAUAAGCUGUGUAAAUGAGUGCCCUUACUGCAAUUUAUGACACCAAAUAACCUUGCUUAUGGUACAAAACUUUUGGGUUUUGCUUCCCAAAACUUAUCUCCUAACUUUUGAUGCACAUUAAUGAUUGCAGAUUGAUACUUGCGCUCCUACUUUACACGAAGAUAAUCACCAGUGCAUUGAAAAAUCGGACUGUUUGCAAAACUCAAUCAAUGUUACUGACAUUCCAAAAAAAAAAUGUUUACAGUAAUUUCACUAUUAAGCUGAUGGUAGAGAAUAUCUACAAUACAGAAAUGCAGUAUGAGACGGUAAAAUAAACAUGUAUCACCAAGAUGUUGUUGUUGCUGUAGCUAAAAUGUAAAGAGACACUAGCAAUGCUAAGCUAAAAACGAAACGCUCGUGAUCAAACACAGCAAGUGUACUGCUGGAACUAUAUUUUUUAUUAAUAGUUUGCUACUUAGAACCUAAUUUGCUACUAUAGAAACCUGUCAAGAGUAUGUUUUCCUUCAAUAUCUCUGUACAAAGUGGGAAUAUUGAACUGGCUGUGUAAAUAGCUUUUAAUGGAGUUUUAUUUCAUUACUGCUCCUGUUUGUAUUCUGAUAGGCUUUAACUCAACGUGUUUGCAAAGUUAUACACAAUAAAUAAAUACUAUUAUAUGCAAAAA